CAAGUGGGGUUGGAUUACUGAGAUUGAUGUAUAAUAUAAAGUCUGCAGCUCUGAAAUCUGGCAUUAUUUGUAAGAGAGUAUCUGAAUUCGUAGACUAUACAGUUUUGAAGCUUUUCAAUAUUAGUAAUCCUCCAUUGACAGUGUCUAUACAUUAAUGUACUUUCUUUCUCACUUAUUUGAAAUCACGUAAUGUUAAUAAAUUCAAUUCCAUCUAAUCCUAAUCCUAAAACAAAAACAAACCCUCUCUCUCUCUCUUAAAAGCAAAAGAAAAGCUUUGGGCUUUAGCCUCUUCUCUCUUUUCUUUUUGCUUACCCAAAUCACCAUUUUCUAUGUUGGCAAACACAACCAUAAAACGAAGUGCAAUUUGAGUAAAGCACUCUUUAUCUCAACUAACCCACGUUACCCUUCUCUCUCACUCUCUUAUAUAAAACCCCACUUUAAACCCUAGAUCAAGUACACCCCAUCUCUCUCUCUCUCUCUUUCUCACUCUCUAAUUCAUAUUCUUACCAAUAUGGAAGCUCUUAACUUCCUCAAGUUCUGGAAACCAACAACCACAUUUACUACUACCCUUGUUGAUGACGAAGUAGAAGAAGAAGAAGACUCAUUCUUCGACUUGGAGCUCACUGCACCAGAUUUUGACAACAACAACAAAAACCCAGAUGAAAAAUCAACCAUAGAGACUAAAAGUUUUGAUCUUGAUCAAGAAAUGGUUAGAAAUAGUUGUAGUAGUAGAGAACCAGCUAAAACUCUCAGCAGUAGAGAGCUCUGUUAUCCCAAACCUUCUUUCUCUUUGUCCCCUCCUAUUGAUUCCAUCUCCAAAAGAAAAGUCCUUCCACUUGGACCAACCAUUAAUCCAAAGCCUCAAUCUCCAAUCGCUCUACUCAAAUCUGCUCCAACCUUUCGAGUGUUCACCUUCAAAAAGUCUAAAUCCAGAGGAACAGAGAAGAAGAAAACUGAAACAGAAGAUAUCCAUUGUAAGACCCAAAAGCAAGAAGGAAAGCUUUUCACGGUGAGAUUCAACGUUAAUGAACCUCCAAACGUUUCGAAAUUAUGUAGAGAUAACAGCAGCAGUUCUAGAAGUACAAAACGACAUGAACAGAGCUUAAACGACACCAAAACUGAGCAGAGAUUCUCUAAAGACGUUAUACAGAAAUAUCUAAAGCUCGUUAAGCCUCUUUACGUAAAGGUUUCGAAAAAAUACAAUGAAAAAGGAAACCCAUCUACCGUCGCUGACUUUUUCAUGUCGUCACCGGCGUCUUCUCCGGCAACGACGGCUUCCAUUGCUUCGCCGAAAGAUAGGCCCGGGAAUCUUCCGGCUGGGAUUCGAACGGUGUGUAAGCAUCUGGGAAAGAGCAAAUCUUCGUCUUCUUCGGCGGUCACCGGAGCCCAACCGCCGGUUAAUCGGAGAGAUGACUCUCUGUUGCAACAACAUGAUGGAAUCCAAAGCGCUAUUAUGCAUUGCAAGAGAUCAUUCCACUCGUCUAGAGAUUCUUUUUCAUUAUCUCGAUCGACCAGUGAUUCUUCGUCCAUGAAAUCUUGUUCUAGCGACUCGUACCGAUUAUCCAACUCUGCUAGUGAGACUUCUCAUGAUUUUUCAGCAAGAAGCUCCAUUGAAGACGGUCAUCGUUGUCAUAAUAACAAUUGAAAUCAUUUUCUGGGUUUUUAAGAAUAACAACUACAACCCAUAGCUUACAUAGAAAAAGAGAGAUAAUAUAUAAGUAGAAGAAGAGUGACUCUGUUUUUCUUUUUUAUAUUUUGUUUUGUGUGUUCUGUUGUAAAAAGAAAAAAAAAAUGAAACAAGAAUUUAGAGAGGAAAAAAAAAACAGAAGAAUUCUUUAUUGAUAUUUUUGUUUGUUUAGUUAUAAUUACUGGUGAAUACCUUAGAGGAUCUCUUUGUUGUUUUCUGUAAAGUGAUGGUUCAUUGUGAAAAAUAUUGAUUCGAAUCUUUUUGGUUA